CCAUUCCACUAGAUCAAGCCAUCAGAAAUAGUAUCCAACCUAGGAAUCAUGAACAAACUCCCAGUUGAACUGGCGUUGAUGGUCGGGGAGUCUCUCAGAAAGCAAGAGGACGUACUCUCGCUGAUGAAAACAAGCCACCGCUUCCAUAGCCUCCUUGAGCCCACCCUCUUCUCCCACCCGAUCAGUAUCCGUACAUUCGCAGCUCGACACCUCCCCCUAGUCAAAAGCCUCUGGCUGUGCCCCCAUCUCGCCCGACGCGUCCAAUCCCUCUGGAUCCACGUCGGCCAGCCCCAGGCGAGCUCAGUCCGCUACGCCCCCCUACUCUACCGGGGCCGACUGAACGAAUUCAUCGAAAAGGUGACCACCACGCUGACCACGGCCGACGAAUACCGCAGCCGGGCGACCUGGACCAAAAAGCUGAGAUCUCUCUGCCCCGAAGCCUGGCUCGCCGCCAUGGUGGUGCCGCUCACCAACCUCAAAUACCUGACGUUCGGCGGCGGCGCAGAGAACCCCUAUUUCCUGCAACUCAUGCAGAAGGCCGCGCUGCGCCGCCGUCCGUUCCACGAGGACCCUCCGUUCCGGCGUCUGGAGAAAGUCGUCGCGGUGCGGUAUGACUGCGAUGACGAGAUCGAGUCGCACGCGCUGGCCCCGUUCUUCUAUUUCCCCGCCGUGCGCUCCAUCGCCGGACGCCAGAUCCACGAGUCCCCCAGCGUGGAGUUCGAUACCUCCCUGGUCCGGCAUGCCUCGCGGCCGGUGACCCGCAUCGAGGCCCUCGAGGUCAACGAGUGCCGUGGUCUUUCGCACUGGUUGCACGCGUGCGACAAGCUCGAGUAUGUCCAUGUCGAGGUGUCCGGGGCUUCGGACGAGUAUGUGCCGUUCAAUGGGACGGAGUUCUAUAAUACCCUCUUGCCGUCGAAGCGGACUCUCAAGUAUCUUCAUCUGGAGUAUGACACGUUGUUUCAGGUCGAGUUGAAUAUCGAUCACGACUUGGCACUGGAGGAUAACCUCCCCUUUGGCACUAUGAAGGAGUUCACCGCGCUGGAGGUCCUCUGUGUUCGGCAUGCUCAUCUGCAGGGCUUCGUGGAGGAGAUUGAUGAUGACGACGAGGAGGCGUUGAUCAACAAGCUGCCGAGCUCGUUGAGGAGUCUGAUGAUUUAUGAUGUGGUGGAUCAUUAUUAUCCGGAGCUGUUGGCGGGGCUGCUGUCUGUCGUGGAGAAUACAGAGUCGUUCCCCAAUCUGGAGACUCUCAUCCUCUGUCGCAGGGAUAAGGAUACUUUUAUGGCCAGGGCCGUGAAGCGCGCCUGUGAGAAACGCGGCAUGCAGUUUGAAGUUAGGUUUUUGUAG